AUGGCUGUUUCUCGCGUCGUGUUUUUCGUGCUUCUUGCGGCCAUGGCCGCAUACUGGCACACUGAUCUUUUCCAACUUGUUGGAACCAUCGUCGUCUUUCUCGUUGCCUUGGUGGCAGCGGGAUGCUGCAUGAGCAGCUCCCGUGGGUGGUUGUUCCGACUGCUGCAAGCUGCAGCAGUGUCGGUCGUUGAACCAACACCGACCAACGACACCCCCGCCACCAAGGCCAUCUCGGCCACCGAGGCCGAGAUGAAGAGAAUUUCGACACUGAGAGCGCAGGUGGGGAUUUUGGAGCAGCAGCUCCGUGGCACGGAGGCACGAGUGCGUGACUCCGAGAAAGCCCGGGAGAUGGAGAAAAACCGCCAUGACAAGGAGGUCCGGAACAAGGACGCUCAACUGGCAACCAUCUCUCGGGGGAUCAAGGAGUCCCGGUACGUGAAGGACCAGGUCAUCGUCGAGUGCCGCCAGUGGCGGCGCAAGUUCGAGGACUUGGAAGACCUACAGCGACUGGCCCAGAUAAAUCCCGUUCGCGGGAUGCAGGGACGUACUCGUUGGGCCCCUGCCAAGAAAAACGGAGUGCGAAAGGGGAAUCGUGCUCGACCGGACAAGGAGUUCACUGCCGUUGCGCAGGUGGCAAUUGUCAAUGCGGCGUGGGAGUCGAAGAUGGUCAGCUUCGAGAACGAGGCCCGUGCUUAUGUGGCCCGCACGGCUGACCAGAUUCGGUCUCUCAACGACGCUGCCACCGCGCUCAGCAACGAGAACGCGUUCCUCCGCCAGCAGAUCCAGGCGACUUCCGGCAUCUCCCACGAGCUGGCCCAGCAGCAAAUGGGGGAGGCUGUGAGAAGCGCCUUGGUGAACGCCGAGCAGCAACAUGAGGAGCGUGUCAAGUUGCUGAAGCAGACCCAUCUUGGGGAGCUGACGGCAGUCAAGGUCGACUACGAGGGGAAAUUGACUAAGGCGACCGCGGAAUCGAAGGCGGAGGCGGAGACCGCACUUUCCCAGCAGCGUGAGGUAGGCGAGGGAGCGGCACAGCACGCACUCGCCACCAAAGAAGCGCAGCUGGGGGAGCUGCGUGCCACACUCUCCCAGCAGCAUGAGGCGAGCGAGGCAGCGGCUCAGGAGACAAGUUCCCUGAAGCAGGCACUCGCCGCCAAAGACGCGCAGCUGGGGGAGCUGCGGGCUGCACUGUCCCAACAGCGUGAGGCGGGCGAGGGAGCGGCACAGCACGCACUCGCCGCCAAGGAAGCGCAGUUGGGGGAGAUGUGGACCGCGCUGUCCCAGCAGCGUGAGGUGAGCGAAGGAGCUGUUCAGGAGACAAAUUCCCUGAAGCAUGCACUCGCCACCCAGGAAGCGCAGCUGGGGGAGUUGUUGGCCGCCAAUGCCAUGAUUACCGCUGAGCUACAGGCUAGUAAGGAAGAGCAGGAGAAACUGGAUGGCGACAUGGAGGUCGAAACCUCCAGGGUCGUCCAGUACGUGCAAGAGAGGGACGGCGCUAUUAGAGCCGGCAAGAAAUUGCAGGAGCAAUUCCAUGCCCUGCAGGAGCAGUACGAGGAACUACGGUCCUCGUACCGCGACCUUGCGGUGGAGAAGGCGGGCCUUGAGGUAGAAAUUGGGGACCUAAAGGAAGCAGUGUCCGACCUCGCCGACCAAGGCGAGGCGAUGUACCAGGAGGUCGAAGGCCUCGAGGGCAACAACCGAGCUCUGGCAAACCAAAACUCCGAGCUCUUUUGCCAGUCUUUGGCAUCAGACAUGGAGCUCCAGCAGACUCGGGACAGAGUGGGCAACCUUGAGCGCCAGGUGACGGAUUACCAGACGGCGGAGGCGGCGGACAUCACGUCGGCGGUUAGCGGCAUGGGGUUCAACGCUGAAUAA